UAAAUAUUGACCUCAAUGAGACGUUUUCUCUGUCACUUCUGCUAAGUGCUCUCUCUGUAGAUUUGAGUUUUAAAAGUGUAGGAUUUAUCAAUUGCACAAAAAUGUAUGGAGGACUGAUUUUUAUGCUUGUGACAUGCAGCGUGAACAGCUAUAACAUUCAAACAAAACCGGUGAAACAUUUCACAAAUGAUGAUCUGCUUUUUGGGCAAACCGUUAUUCAGUCGACGGAGGGAGUUUAUGUUUCUUCCCCCAACACUGGAAAACUUUUCAACUGCACACUAGAGAAUGAAUGUGUCUUGGUAAAUUCUCACAAUGAGACAACAAAAGGCCUGAGACCGAUAACAUCACUAGCUGCUACUGUGAUAUCAGACGAUGAGCAUCUUCUGUUGUGUAAUCAGGUUCGCACAAAGAAGUCAUCAACUGAGUAUUUGAAUGGAUAUUGCACAAUGAUAAAUCCCACAGGGACAAUCAAACUGAAUCCUGCUAAAUUAGUUCAAAAUCAAAAUGAAGCACUCAACAGCAACAACAACAACAAUCGUUAUCAUGGUGGACGCAUUAAACGAGAUGUUGGGACAGAGAUUGCUUUUGUGUUGGAUGGUUCUAGCAGCAUUCAUCCUGAUGACUUUCAGAGAGCCAAAGACUUUAUCAGCAAAGUCAUGACAAAUGUUUGGAAAACAUGUUUUAAUUGUGCUUUUGCAAUAGUGCAGUACGGAAGUAGGAUUAGGACUGAACUCCCACUUCAAGACAAUAAGGAUGCCAGCAGGACCUUAGAAAAAGUCAAGGAAAUACAGCAACUUGGCAAUCUCACAAAGACUGCUUCAGCCAUCCACUAUGUCCUUACAAAUGUUUUCGUCCCUGAGAAUGGAUCAAAAAAUAACUCCAAAAAAAUGAUAAUUGUCUUGUCUGACGGAAUGAUGUUGGGAGACCCAAUGAACCUUCCUGAUGUUUUGAACAUGGCAGAAAUGAAGGAAGUAACUCGCUUUGCCAUUGGAGUUGGUGACAACAUUCUGCGCAAUCCAGAGGCAGUACAAGAAAUGAAGGACAUAGCAGAUGCUGAUAAGUUUUUUAAUGUAUCCAGUUACGCUGCCUUAGACGACAUCCUUUCUCACAUGGAACUAAGCAUAACUGGAAAUGCAGACCCUGGGACAGAGAUUGCUUUUGUGUUGGAUGGUUCUGGCAGCAUUCAUCUUGAUGACUUUCAGAGAGCCAAAGACUUUAUCUGCAAUGUCAUGACAAAUGUUUGGAAAACAUGUUUUAAUUGUGCUUUUACAAUAGUGCAGUACGGAAGUAGGAUUAGGACUGAACUCCCACUUCAAGACAAUAAGGAUGCCAGCAGGACCUUAGAAAAAGUCAAGGAAAUACAGCAACUUGGCAAUCUCACAAAGACCGCCUCAGCCAUCCACCAUGUGCUUACAAAUGUUUUCAUCCCUGAAAGUGGAUCUAAAAGUAACUCCAAAAAAAUUAUAAUCGUAUUGUCUGACGGAAAGUUUUUGGGAGACCCAAUGAAUCUUUCUGAUGUUUUGAACAUGCCAGAAAUGAAGGGAGUAACUCGCUUUGCCAUAGGAGUUGGUGAUGCCCUUUUGUCUAAUCCCGAGGCAGUUGAAGAGAUGAAGAAGAUAGCAGGAACCAAUCAGUUUUUUAAAGUUUCUAAUUAUGCUGCCUUAGACAUCAUCCUUUCUCAAGUGGAACAAAGCAUUAAUGAUUGAUGUUGGCGGCUAACAACAUGAUAUUUGAUAUGGAGGACCAAAGGGAGCGUUACCAAAUUCAUGAUCAAAAACAAAAGUAUGAAACUCCAGCUAUAGGUUGUUACAUAUUAGUUAACUGUUAAUUGUUAUAGUAUACUAUAAAUACAAAUCACAGUUCAUAUUUGACACAGGACAAAUCUGUACACCAUUCUGAGAAGAAAUAUUUAACU